AUGUAAUAAUAUCCAAUCACAUCCUAUUCUAAAAAUUAAGACAAACUUUAUUAAUACUCUAAUCGAUAUACUCCUAAUAAAUAUACUGAUUGGCAUAAAAAAUAUCAACCUAAAAAUAAACUUGAUUGUCAACCUGAUCUUAAUUUUUAGGCUCAAUCCAUUUUAAACUAAAGGAAUUUCUAAGUCACUCAAAGAAGAUAUUCUUAAAUUGACACUCCAUAACCAUCAGUUAAUCAAUAUCAAAAAUUCAAUCAAGAAAUUAAAUCUCCAUUUAAUUCUAAUUCUAAUUUUGAUUUUGAAAAUUAUAUUCGGAGACUUAAGAUUAGACUCAACUAACAACCUUGA